CGAGAUCGCCUUAUCGCUUUGAGGGGUUAAACGUAGAUACAGUAGGGGAGGUUACCUAGUCUGUGGUUGAUUAGAAGUGACAUAUGAUCAAGCAAGUGUGGCCUGCCAAUCAACCUCCCAGUAAAGCUUUCAGUGACAACAGCAGCAAGAAAGCGACCGAUACAAUGUGUUUUAUCUACAUAAAUGUUGAGACCCUUUAUGUAACAGAAAGGCCAAGUCAUGCUUACUAUGCUCAGAGGAGUCUUGAGCAACAGUUGACAGAACGCGGCAGCCUUUACAGCACGCAGCAAUGGAGGGCCUCAAAGCAAGCGACUCGUCUGAAGUCGUUGUCCAAGAGAGUAAGGUCAUGGAAAUCCAAGAGUGUGACGUCCGAGGAGCAGUGGUCGCGGACAAGGGCGAGGACGCUGUCUUGACCUCGUGGGCGGCGGAGGACCUGGGCAAUAAGGGAGACAACUAUAUGAGUGUCGUGAAGCGCGUGAAGGCCCGGGUGACGAUCGAAGGGCGCGAGGAACAGGUGACGUAUGUUGCCAAAGUCAAGAUGCUCCUUUCCGCCACCUUUAUGGAGUUUUCCAACUUGUCCUUCUUCAAAGAACACAUAUUCUACACGAAGCUCUUGCCGGAACUGAACGGCGUGUUGGCGGAAGCAGGACUGAAUCCCCUGAGACUUCCCAAAUUCUACCACCACAGGAAGUCCGGAGAGCGAGAGAUCGUCAUCCUGGAGGACCUCACUGCGCGAGACUUCCUCAUGGCCGACCGCAAGAAGGGACUCGAUAUCCCACACAUGCGUCUUGUCCUUGAGGAGUUGGGGAAAUUCCACGCCUCGUCGUAUCUCUUGCAGCAGAAGACGCCUCACGAGGACCUCAGCGAGAGGCACAAGUUCCUGGACAUCGACUGGUUCAACUACUGCGAAACGGCACGGCAGGGUAUGAUGGCGUCCAUUACCAAGGAACUAGACAUGGCGGCGGCGGUGGCUGAGAGCUGCAAAGGCUACGAGAAAGUGGCUCGGUGGCUGAAGGAGAUCCAACCCCGAGUCUUCGACAUCUUCGAGAAAGAUACGAAGAGUCGAGCGCCUUUCCAACUGGUCUGGCACGGAGACUGCUGGGUGAACAACUUCUUAUUCAGGUACAACGCCAAGGGCGAGCCAGUCGACGUCAUGAUGCUGGACCUCCAGAGUUGCCAGAAGGGCUCCCUCACCGCCGACCUCUUAUUGCUGAUAUACACGAGCAUCCCCACGCAGUCUAGGAGACACAACCUCACUCUAUUUCUGCAAGAGUACCUCUCCUCCUUCAGCGCCACCGCGACUGCAGGAGGCCUACCGUCGCCGUUCACCCUGGAGGAGCUACGGGAGGAAUACAAUGCUAAAAUCUUGUUCGGGAUCCUCAUGGGAGCGUCAUUCAUCCCUGUCUUGGUCGGGGACGCUGAGGACGCUCCCGACUACCUCCAAAUGGACAAGGACCUGGAAACGUUUUACGACGAGCGCAGAAAACAGGUUGUGGACAUGUUGGACCGAAAUCCUCUAUUAAGAGAGAGAAUGUGUGGCCUGUUCGAUGAAUGUAUCGAGAAGGGCAUCUUGUCUCCGUUCUAGAGUGUUACAUCAGUGACUACUUUUUUCAUCCGGAGAUAAUAAUGUUGAAUAGAAAGAGUAUCUGAAAUAUAUCUGUUUUAAAGUAUCUUUUUAUAUAGAUAUAUUUUCCUGUUCUUGUUUUAAUGUAGGUGUUUUUAUGAAUAGCAGAGAUUUUGAUUCCAUAGUAGACCCCAGAAUGGAAAACCUCUUUUAAUUAUGCUAAACAUAUAAAUAAACAGCAAUA